CAGGCGCAAUUUCCCGCGGUGGUCGCUGGGCUGCUCUUUGUGGCUGUCGCUGUCCUUUUGUAGGAAGCUAUUCUGCUCUCUCGCCUGUCAGUGCGACAGUUCAUCGAUCUCCCCGUCCGUCUCCGGGCCUAUCUGUCGACCCUGUUCCGUGCUCCCUGGCUCUUGGCGGUCGAGCCCGAGACCUGGCUCUGAUCCUCGAGCGAGUCCCCGAACGUGGGUUCUCCUGGAAGAGUGUGUGACGGGGUGACAGGGCGUGUGUGUGAUGGGGCCUGAGUGUGAUCCCGGAGUAGGUGUGUCUGUGAGCUGGUGUGUUGGAGCGUGAGCCCAGCGUGGGGUACAGUGUGUACGCUGAGCCUGCCUGAGCCCGAGUUAUGCCCGGGCGCGCAAUGUUGCCGCUGUGAGCGCGUUUGCGACCCGCUUGAGGCUUCCCUGCAGGCCGCUUUCCCUGAGCCCUCGGACCCUCCUCUUUAGACGUAACCUGGGGUCCAGGAGGCCACAGAACUGCCCACUCCCCCGGGGAACGCUGCGGAGGGCGACUAUGGAGACCCUGGCCCUGAAGCCAGAGGAGACAGCUCUUUCCGCUCAGGACCCUGCUCUUUCCCUCAAAGACAAUCCAGAGGAUAAAUCAGGUUGGGGUCUCCUAGCAGCCAGAUCUGAGGAAUCAGUUACUUUCAAGGAUGUGGCUGUGAACUUUACUCAGGAGGAAUGGGGUCAGUUGGACUCUCCUCAGAGGGCGCUAUACAGGGAUGUGAUGCUGGAGAACUACCAGAACCUUCUUGCCCUUGGGCCUCCAGUUUGCAAGCCAGAUGUCAUCUCCCAUCUGGAACGAGGUGAGGAGCCAUGGCAAGUACACAGUGAAGUCACUGGAGGGGCUUGUUCAGAGCAGGAGCCUAUGCCUGAGAUGAAGGAGGAAUCUUCUCAACAGCAGAACUUUUUCAAAAAAGAAAAAAAGUCUAUGAUGGAGCAGCUAAAGAGGACCAACCUUCACAGCACCAGCCCCGAUGAGGCAUGGACCUGGGAAGCCCAGGAAGAUACUCUUUGGAGAAAUGAGACUGCCCUGUGGAAGGGAGUACCUACCAACCAUGGAGACAUCUCCACAGAGGAGAACUACUGGGGGCAUAACAAAUCUGAGGAGAGUUUUCCCCUGGGGUGCAUCCUCUUCACCCAGAAAAAUGCCCCUACAGAAGGACACUCUCCUGCCAGAUGCACCAAGGACAUCCAGUCUGCUGAGGGUAUAACUAAAGACCACCAGAGGGCAUGCACAGGGAAAAAGUCUUUCAGGUCAAGUGAGUGUGGGAAAUACCCACCAGCAGACAGACCACAGGGGCCUGGGCCUGGUCUCUUCAUGUGCAAUGAGUGUGGGAAAACCUUCCCCCAGAGUGCGUCCCUCAUGCUGCACCAGCGCUGGCACAGCCGGGAGAAGGCUUACAAAUGCAAUGAGUGUGGCAAGGCCUUCACAUGGAGCACCAACCUCAUUGAGCACCAGCGGAUCCAUACAGGUGAGAAACCCUUCUUCUGCAGUGAGUGUGGGAAAGCCUUCAGCUGCCACUCAUCCCUCAAUGUGCACCACCGUAUCCACACAGGCGAGAGGCCUUAUAAGUGCAGCACCUGUGAGAAGGCCUUCAGCUGCAGCUCACUGCUCAACAUGCACCUGAGAGUGCACACUGGGGAGAAGCCCUACAAGUGCGGUGAGUGUGGCAAGGCCUUCAACCAGCGGACACACCUGACCCGGCACCACCGCAUCCACACUGGUGAGAAGCCCUACAAAUGUGAUGUUUGCGGCAAAGCUUUCACUUGCCACUCGUCCCUCACUGUGCAUGAGAAAAUCCACAACGGGGAUAAGCCAUUCAAAUGUAAUGAAUGUGAGAAGGCCUUCAAUAACCGUUCACGCCUCACUCUCCAUCAAAGAAUUCACACAGGAGAGAAGCCGUUCAAGUGCACUGAUUGUGGGAAAGGCUUCAGCUGCCACUCAUACCUCAUUGUGCAUCAGAGGAUCCACAGUGGGGAGAAGCCCUUCAAAUGCAACGAGUGUGGGAAAGCCUUCAGCUCCCACUCUUACCUCAUCGUGCACCAAAGGAUCCAUACUGGAGAGAAACCCUUUGAUUGCAGCAAGUGCUGGAAAGCCUUCAGCUGCCACUCGUCCCUCAUUGUGCACCAGAGGAUCCACACUGGAGAGAAGCCCUAUAAAUGUCAUGAGUGUGGCAAAGCAUUCAGCCAGAACCAUUGUCUUAUUAAACACCAGAAGGUUCAUUCUGGAGAGAAAUCCUUUAAAUGUAAUAAAUGUGGUGAAAUGUUCAACUGGAGCUCACACCUCCUAGAACAUCAGAGACUGCAUGGUGAAGAGAAGCCCUUUGCCAUCCAGUUCAACAGACACUUGCUGAGCACCUACUAUGUACCCAGUAGUCUUUUGGGGGCAGAGAACAGUGGGGUGGCUGAUGUGGACCCAAUAAAUGCACUGGAUGUGGCAAAGCUCUUGUGUGUGGUGCAGCCCCCACCCAGCAGAAAUUUCCCCCUGGGGAGCAAACAUAGCGAUUAAGGUAAGGUUCUUUUGGUCAUAGAAGCCACUUCCUGAGCUACCUAACAAGGAAGGCACUGUCACCUCUUCAGGGCUUCUAGAGCCAGAUUGUUCCUCCAGAUACAAAAACCUUAUCUUGAGCACAUUCAUAAGCCAGGACACCUGUUAGAGUGGAUCACUCCGCUGACAGGAAUACACUUUCAGAGAAGAAACAUGAGGUCAUUGGGGUUGUGCCAUCAUCCUGUUUUCCUUGAUGGGUCUGGAGGUCAUUCACAAAGGAGAUCUUUCCUGUAGAUAAGAAGACAUGUCAACCUGUAGUCCUUGGAUGGACUCCUGAUGUAAUUUCCACCAGGAAUUUCCUCUGUAACCUGUUAUAAUAAUAAUAAUAAAACAGAAG